CUGGAUGCGCGCGUCUUCUCAUGGCCUAUUGAAAGCAAUGCUCGAACCGGCGAAGCAGCUACUGCCAAACAUCGGAGCCCUUAUCCUCGCGUUCUUAGUGUGGCUCGAGCUCAAGACUGGAGUCGUCCUUGCCUUCUUCGCGCUUUACGAUAAACACCCCCACUUCAUCUACAUCCUUUUUCUGUCAAUCAGCGUCGGAGCUUUGUAUAGGCUUGUUCGCUUCUUCCUCCGACGACAGCGUACACCAAAACCCGCCGAGGUCUUCAGCUCGUCACCAUACAGACACAGGCGCAAAGAGACUCCCAUGUUUCCACCAGGUAUGGAGUUCAAUCAAGUUCAGGAAAGAUGGAGGAGAGGGUAUGGAGAAGCCAUUCGUGGAGCGGCGGGAAUUUGGGGCCUGCAGACCGGAGGAGGUGCCUCCCGUGCGGAGACCGCUAUUCAGCGUUCCUACAAGUACCUUACCACCGGCGCAGUCGAAGAGACCGCAAGUGAAUGCGACGUUUGGAAAAUCAGGGUGGAGCUAGAAUGUCGGCAGAGAUAUGUGGUUGUUUAUGGGCAAGCCUAG